ACAGCGCUCCUUCUCCACCCGCGGCCGCGGAGACCGCGCGCCUCUCUUCCUCGCUCACUACCCCCCGCGUCCUCGCAGGAGCGACACCCCACUGCCGCCGCUCCUCCGCGUCCUUGCCGGACCCGCCGCGGCCGUCCUCCUCGCUCGAUCCUCCUGCUCCCCACUGCCGCCGCUAUGCCGCGUCCUAGCCGGAGCCGCCGCGGCCGUCCUCCUUCUUCCCCACCGCCACGCCCCGCUGCCGGCGCUACGCCGCGUCCUCACCGGAGACGCGGCCAGAUCGUGCUUCUCCCACUCGGAUCAGCCGCCGGAGCCGACUUCGGCCCCUUCUCCGCUGCCGGAACCGACAUCGACCUCAGCCCGCGGCCGUCCUUCUUCUUCCCCACCGCGGCGGUUGUCCUCCUCACGGGCUUCUCCUCCGCCCCGCUGCCGGCGCUACGCCGCGUCCUCGCCGGAGCCGCCUCCGUAUCGUGCUUCUCCCACUCGGAUCAGCCGCCGGAGCCACCGCCGGAGCCGACUUCGGCCCCUUCUCCGCUGCCGGAACCGAACUCGACCUCGGCCUCCGACGGCGCCGGGGUGGUCUGCCCUUCCGCCAGACCCACUGCCUCACCCAUAUCAUCGUCGAUCUCGGCUCGCCGGAUUCCUUCGCUACUGUGCAACCAUGACUCCGGAUUGGCCUCUUCCGUUUACCACGCUCCUCCUCCGCCUCGCUCAACACCCAUGGAUCUCCUUUCAGUGAUGCAGUCACAAAGCAUGGAGGGAACUGACGCCUCUUGUCACCACUCACCAACAACAGCAGCAGGAGAAGCGUUGGUCCAACAAUCAGGAGGGCAGACAAAAAAGGCACCGUCAACUUCCAAUCAAGAGGAUUGCCAUUUAGUUGCAAAGAUCAUUGUGACACAAUUAUGUCCGUGGAUUCUGUUUUGGCCUGUCUUGCUUCUGAAGCACUUGAUUUGGAGAAAAAGAGUAUGUUACUGGACUCCAAUGACGUAGCUGCUGUCUGCUGAUGUUCAUGCUCCAUAGUCCUCUGGGCACUAUUGUUGGCAGAUGCACUUCUGUCCUCUCCAGACAAGAAUCAGUAUCAGACUUAUCUGCAAUUCUGCAUGUUAAUGUGUUACUAUUAUUUUGUGUGUCAACAUGAUGCCAAUGUUUAUCAGUGUAAACUCAGCUAACUUCCCUCUCCCUGUUUUUUUCGAGAUAAAGGCAGUCCUCAUGGAUUAACUAGCAUCAUAAAUGAGUACUUCCCUCUCCUUGAGCUAAUACCAUGACGCAAGAAUGGCUUGGUCUCUUCCUCUCUGCUAGUGUAGAAACCAAUGGGAGCUCUAUAAAAAUCUGCAGCGUAGUAACCUGCACUUUGCUACCAGUAGAAAUCAGUCGGAAUCAAAACGAAGGCAGAGGACCAGCACUUUGGGCAAUUAGAGACUUCAUGACAGUAAAUUUUAAUUUCAAGCUGAUUAAUUCCAUAUCGUAGUAACCUGCUGUUUUUUUCUCAAAAAAAAUUCCUGGCUACACUUGGGAAACUGAAAUGGAGGGAAAUCAUCCAUGUUUGGAAGCUAAACUGCCAUUAUUUGCUUAUGGAAAGUUGGAAACCAAUGACUGAAUAUUCUAUUAUCUCAACGGACAUCACCAGCAAUUGCAAAGCUUUGGAAUGCAACAGCUUGAGAGGUACAGUGUUAAUUAUCUUUCUAAUGCUAAACAGUGUAUUGCUGUACUAGAUGCUAGGUAUUUGGUUCUUGAUCUGUUUGGAAAAUUUUCACAUGUACAUGAAACAAAUGUCAUUCAAUAUUCAUAUAGCUACCUACUUUGCUUUCCAAGGGAGAUGAAAAAAGGGAAGCAGAGGAAAGAAGGAAUAUGCUUCAUGCAUGUGACUCCUGUUGUUUAUCUGAUUAUUUGUAUUCUAUUUUAUCCAAUGAUUAUAUGUUUGUUAAAAUGCUUUGACUGGAUGGAGCGUUUAUAAUCUCCUGAUCAUUUGUUUGCUAAAAUGCUUCAUAUUUAUCAUUAAUAUAUUUUCUAUUAAUAUGAUUAGCUUCCCUGCAAAUGUAAGCCUGUAAGGAUAUUACUGAGAUGAUUUAAGUGGAAAAAUCCCUAAUCAUUUGUUAGAAUUCUUUUUCAUUCUGAUGUUUCAAUAUUGGUUGCAGCUGGUUUUGCAUAUAUUAAAUGAGAAAUUGACCUUUCUACAUGUUUACUAUAUUCGAGACACGCCAUUCAUUUUUAUAUCAUUGUUAAAUUAAAUUUGAUUCAUGGUAUAGAAAUUCAUGAUUUCAGGUUGUUUACCUGGGAUAACCAAAGGUUCUUUUUGUUUGUCAUAGUCGGUCUCAUUUUUGUACCCAUGUCAACGAUAUAAUAAAAUCUUGCUUGUGAAUCUAUUCUCUCGAUGCUUAAAUAUAUGUUUGCUCUGGAAAUAGUCAUAUUAUAUAUUUUUUUAAAAAAUCCAUAUUGGGUUUAAGAAGAUGUUAAGCAUGGCCAUAGACUGCCAUCUAUGGGGGUAUGGCUUAAAUUGACCUCAAAUGUUACCUCUAAUCAUUUUCAUCAGUUCUAACCAAUUACUAUGAAGUUUCUCUAAUAGUUGAAGCUGCACACUUUGGUGCUUGGAUGGAACAUCAAAGCUCCAAGAUGUGUUGGUUGGGUCGAUAGCCCUUGUGUCCUAGGGAGGUCGUUUUGUUUGUUUUUUUCCUUCUUUUUCAUUUAAGAGUUAGGGUGUGUUAAUGAAAUGAUACACUUAUCUUCGGCGUGUUCUAACAAAAAGUAUAUAUAUCAGAGUAUAUAUGCUGUGGGGGUUCAUAUACAACAUGUCUUCACAUUGGCAUGCUUAUAAGCUAAUAACAAUAUGUCUAUUUCUAACUA